UGGAAAGUGAUAUUUAGCCCUCUCGUCAAAACCAAAGCCCCAUUCCGUUACCUACUUCCAAUCUGAAUCUCCAGAAGAAUACUCAGAUCUCAAUUUUUCUCUUCAAUUCAGGUUUAAAAUAAAAAUGGGUGAACCAAAGAAGCAGCAACCAGUUUUCACUAAGGUUGAUCAGCUUAGACCAAUGGCUACUGGGCUAAAUCUUACUGUGAAGGUGGUUAAUACAAAGAUGGUAGUGCCAAGGGGAAAUCAAGGCCGCCAGAUGCGAUUGGCUGAAUGCUUGGUUGGUGAUGAGACAGGGAUGAUCAUUUUCACUGCUAGAAAUGAUCAAGUCGACAUGAUGAAAGAAGGUGCUACUGUAAUUCUGCGCAAUGCAAAAAUAGAUAUGUUCAAGGGAUCAAUGAGGCUUGCAGUGGACAGGUGGGGACGUAUUGAAGUUACCGAACCUGCUAGUUUCUCUGUCAAGGAAGACAGUAAUCUGUCCCUUAUCGAGUUUGAACAAGUGACUGUUGUUGAACAGUAACUCAAGGCAGCCCAUCGCAAUGAUAAUGUCCCGUUUGCAGAGAGUAUAAGUAAGUUUGGUUCUUUAGGGAUAUGCUAAUGUGGCUUCAUUAGUUGAGUAAAAACUACUUGUUUUGUUAAGUCAGAAAGUCCUUUUUUUUUGUAGUGGAAAGUGACUGGUCUAAUGUUUUUGUAGAUAGCAAGGUAUGUAGCUGCAAUAAAAAGUAGUGUACAACUUGCUUGUUUAUUUAUUUGGAAGGAUUGUGUAGCCACCAUAGAACUUACUUUAUCUGGUGCUUAUCAUAACUUUUUUUUUUUUAAUAAUCGAGAAAUUUUCGAGGGCCA